CUUCUAGCGGCCGUAAAAUAUCAGUUGCCAUUUGCUGCGCGGAGGUGCUUAGUUGAAGUGGUUUAUUUUGUUAUAUAGUCAUUUUCUGUUUUAGUUUUUGAGUCCAUAUUCAUCGGUUAUUUUUGUCCGUGUAUCUUAAGGAGAAGGGGCAACAGAUUGGACGUACGGCAAGGCUGGCCACAGAUGCUGUCUGACUACUCCAACCUGCUGUGUCAAAACUAACAGCAACCAACCAUGGAAAACUGGGCUUCUCCUGCUGGCACAGAUAUUAAUAUGGCAGUGGAGCGAAGACAACAUAAAGCUCAGUCCCGACAGAGUCCUCCACGAAGGGACCCAUAUGGAGGUUUUGGAGAUGAGAGGGAUGUUAGGCCCCGCUCACGUUCACCUGUUAGAGGCAGAGAGCCUAGAGAUGCUGGCCGUGAGCCACGUGCUGGACAUCCGCGGGAAGGUGAUCCACGUGAUCCUCAUUAUAACAGAUACAGAGGUGACAGCAGAGACAAAGAACACAGAGGAGAUGCUAGGGACCCUGCCUACAGAGACCCUUAUGCAGGGUAUGGAGAUGAACGGGAUGUGCGCCCUCGCUCGCGUUCGCCUGUAAGAGGCAGGGAGCCCAGGGAUGUCCGUGAGCCCAGAGAUGGUGGCCGUGAACCCAGGGGUGGACACCCUCGGGAAAGUGAUCCUCGCGAUGCUCAUUAUGAUCGAUUUAGGGGUGACAGCAGAGAUAAAGAACACAGAGGAGAAGCCAGAGAUUCCACAUUCAGAGAUGAAGGCUAUGAUCGGUACUACAGAGUAGAUGACUAUUACCGUAGGAAAGAUGAACCCUUUUUUGACCGCUAUAGGGAUCCUUGGAAUGGCAGAAGAGAACCUGAAGAUGAUAGAGUGAGACCAGAGGAGCGAAGACGAGACAUGCUGUACCGACAGUAUUAUGAAGAACUGCAGAGGCGCUAUGAUUCGGAGCGUCCUGUUGACUGUUCUGUUAUUGUGGUUAACAAACAGCAAAAGGAUUAUGCAGAGACCGUAGGUCGAAAAGUAAGAGAUUUGGGUAUGGUAGUUGAUUUGAUAUUUCUCAACACUGAGGUUUCUUUGACUCAAGCCUUGGAGGAUGUUGGCCGGGCACGCACCCCAUUUGCAAUAAUCAUCACGCAACAGCAUCAGGUCCAUCGGUCUUGCACAGUAAAUAUUUUGUUUGGGACACCUCAGGAACAUCGUAACAUGCCUAUGCAGGAUGCCAUGAUGUUGGUGGCACACAACUAUGAAAUUUUCAAAGCAGAGAAUCGUGAUAAAGAACGUGAUGAGAUCGCCAGAAAAGCAGCGAAAAUGGCCGAUGAUGUAUUGAUGCGAGAGCAUGAGCGUGAGAGCCAUCCCAUUUCUGUGCAGCCUAUUAUAAAUUUACUUUCAGAGGGCAGAUUUCUUAAUCUGGAGGAGUUGGAUCGGCUUAUUGAUUAUCUGAGAGAUAAGAGGGAGAGGCUUAUGCGGACCAGUGGUGAGCCUCACCAAGUAUCUCGUCCUCCUCCUUCAUCUACUUCAAUGGGAGUAUUGGAGCCACCACCUCCAUCUCAGAACAUGACCAAUACUUCUCAUCUGCCCUCGACCCAAAACACUAACCCUCCAAACCCUGCCAACCAUCAGCAUCAGCAGGAACUACAGGCAAAGAUAUUAAGUCUUUUCAAUAGUGGCUCUGGCACUUCUGCUGGGGUAGCUGUGGUUCCACCUACUCAAACCCAAGGCUAUGGUUCUACUUUGACCAAUCCAAAUCCAGUACCUACACAAGGUGUUCCUCCACCUACUAUAACAAAAAUGCCAACUGCUGCUCCUCAAGUUCCUACUAUGAUGGGGCAAACCAUGAACCCGAGGGCAACACUAAGGCCUCCUGCGAUCACUCCAGGUGUUCCUCCUUUAUAUAAUCAGCCUGCAGGGCGAAUGGCUGGUCCAGCUGUUGGUGCUGGUGGCCAGAGACCUGCAGCCAUAGGAUCUGGGAUUAAUUUUGAUAACCCAAGUGUUCAGAAAGCCCUGGACACUUUAAUUCAAAGUGGGCCAGCACUAAAUCACAUUGUCAACCCUGGUAACACUGCUGGACCUAGGCCCGGGCAGAAUAUGGGACAGCCAACUGGCAUGGGCCAUUAUCCUCGCCAUUAUUAAAUGUCCAUUGAUUCAGCCCCACCUGAAAACUGGAACAUAUUUGGUUAAAAUAUUAUCUGGUACUUCUAGGUUUUGGAAAGAUGGUUGAUUUUUUUUUUUUUAUGAAAUUAACAGUAGGUGGGGACAGGCAGCAAACACCAUUGUUAUCAACACUGUAAAUAUUUUUUUUUUAGUCUUGGUGUUUUUGUUUUAAUACUUUCCAUCCUUGCUGGUAAUUUGAUUCUCAGUGGCUUUGAAUAUUCCAUUAUGUAGUUUUUGUUUUUAUAUUUAAAUGCACAGUCUAGAGUUUAAUACUGUUCUUUGAAUCCACAUUGUAUUCCUAAGCUCCUUGAACUUGAUCCAUCUUGUUGUUUAACAACUCAUUAAAAGUUAGUGUUUAAUA